GGGCGGGUGGGGGGGGGGGGGGGGUAACAGGCUACAACACGGACUAAUGUAAUUCUUGUUUACGUAUUCCAUAUUGAAAACUUCCCCGUGAAAAGGAUAUUAUUCGAAUUCAGGUAACGCACACAAACAUGUUCAAUUGCCUGCUUCAAUGAUUUAUUUUAUAGGCUAGUUGGACACAGUUACAAAGUGCACGUCUGAUUUUGGUCUUACGUAGUUGCCAACGCUAACCGUCUCCACUGUAAAGUUAGAAAGGUUUUGUUAAGAAUAAUUUAAAUCUAGAUAAGAAUAGAAACAGCGACGCGGAUCCGAACAACUUGAGAAAAACGUCAAACCUCAGACAAAAUCAAGUGGUGAGGUGGCCUGCUUGGUAUGCCACCAUGGAGGCACAGAAUAGCCCACACCAGCACAACUUAGACAACUACAACAAGCUAUACAAGAUACCUGGACAAGAGGAUCAGAGAAACAUGCCAAGCUACCAGUACUGCUGCACACUGGCCAACUUCCGUAUCGAAAAAAAGAUUGGUAGGGGCCAGUUCAGUGAAGUGUACAAGGCCACCUACCUGCUGGAGGGACACCAGGUGGCACUGAAGAAAGUCCAGAUCUUUGAGAUGAUGGACGCUAAGGCGCGCCAGGACUGCAUCAAGGAGAUUGAUCUGCUGAAGCAGUUGAACCACUCUAACGUGAUAAAGUACCUGGACUCCUUCAUCGAGGACAACAAACUUAACAUUGUUUUGGAGCUGGCCGAUGCUGGUGACCUCUCUCAGAUGAUAAAGUACUUCAAGAAAAAGCGACGGCUGAUUCCAGAGAGGACAAUAUGGAAAUAUUUUGUCCAGCUGUGCAGUGCCCUGGAGCACAUGCAUUCCCGCAGAGUAAUGCACCGUGACAUCAAACCAGCCAAUGUGUUCAUCACAGCCACUGGAGAGGUGAAGCUGGGAGACCUGGGACUAGGACGCUUCUUCAGCUCCAAGACCACUGCAGCCCACUCACUAGUGGGUACGCCGUACUACAUGUCUCCAGAGAGGAUCCAUGAGAAUGGCUACAAUUUCAAGUCUGACAUCUGGUCCCUGGGAUGUCUGUUGUAUGAGAUGGCUGCGUUGCACAGUCCAUUCUACGCGGACAAGAUGAACCUUCUCUCUUUGUGCCAGAAGAUCGAGCAAUGUGACUAUCCUCCACUACCACCCGACCAAUACUCUGCAAAGCUGCGAGAUUUGGUCAGCAUGUGCAUCAACCCUGAGCCAGACGAACGUCCAGACAUCAUCUUUGUUCUGCAGAUUGCCAAACAGAUGCAGCUGUGGACUGCCAGCACCUGAAUAUAAGGCUAUCCCUCCAUCUGGGUCUCCAUUCUGUCAACUGGUCUAUGACUCCAGCCUUUGCUGGUCUCACUGGAGCCUGUACUUCCAGCCUAUGUCUCUCAGUGAUUAAGACACAGGGACAUCAAGGAGACCAUAAAGAGAGCUGCUUGGGAUUUGUUGUCAAAAGCCUGUGGAGUCUCUACUGCUAUGGUGGUCACGGCAAACAGCUUUUUCAGGCCAAGUGUCACAGUAAUUUGAGGAAGUGAUGGUAGUGAUUGGAUUUCUAGCUAGAGAAAGAGUAUCGUAGCACUAACAUGACGUCACAGGGGGUACAUCAUCAUGGUGGACUUUUUGAUGUGACAGGGAUUGCAUUCCAAAUCGAUUCCCUGUCUCACAGGUUAAUUGUGUGCUUUCUCCAAUUUUUCUAUGCUAUGUAGUGAAGGUGUGGAUAAAUAAAACUCAAAGCUUUUUUCCUUUUUGA